CUAAACGACACGUCAAAUAGAGACACGGCACAUAUCGUGAGGUGGUAUCUGUUGCCUUGCUGCAAGUACUAAAAGGAGAGCAGAGAAGACAAAGAGACACCAGGGGAGGAGAAAGAAAUCAUGGACGUUGACCUGUGAGCUUCCUAAAGUGGUGUUAAGUGACCCGUAAAAGAGAAACAAAGAUUUGUAAAAACAAAUUAAAAUAACUAUGGGGCAAGUCUCCUCGUGCCAUUCCUGUAACGACAGGGAGGUCUCCUCGCGGUCUCAGAAGAGGGACAGUUUCCCUGAUCUGGCUCAGCUCCCUCCCGAGGUUGCUGUGGAGGUUCUCUCACAUUUAGAUGCAACCGAUCUUUGUCUUGCAUCGUGUGUUAAUGACCUUUGGUGUAGCCUAACCAAUGUUGAUGUCCUAUGGAAGAGGCUCUGUUAUAGAAGAUGGGAACAAGUUUCAGCUUACUACAAUGGCUAUAUGGAUGCCCAUACCUACAAAUCUCUCUAUUUAACACUUGACAAUGGAAUGCUCACUUUCUCAUCCGAUCCACACGAGGGUCUGAGAUAUUUGAUACAGGAGGGGGUCCUGAAUGAUGAUUCCGAGUCCAUUGCAGCUUUUAUACAUUACAGUGAUAUUAUAUCAUGGCCUAGUUUGGAGAAAUAUUUAAGAGAAAGGUGGGACGUGUUAGAAAAAAUAGUUUCACUUCAUAAUUACGAGAAUCAUUUUCUGCCUGAUGCUUUAAGGUACUUAUUUUCAAAGAUACCAGCUCCGAAAGAAAGAGGGCCAUUUCUUGACAGACUUUUAGAUCUUUUCCUUAUACAGUACAAAUCAUGCAAUGUUGGACUGUCGUAUUCCACAGAAAAGUUACAUGAAAAAAAGAAGCAGCAAAAACUAUGAAAAAAAGGCCUAACAAAAAUAUCCUAACAAAAAUAGUCCUAACAAAAAGUCCUAUUAUUAUUGCUUCUUCAUGCACUUAUUAUAUUAAGCCAGUUCAUUGCUUUUUGCAAAUAUCAAUGGGCAAUUUACUAGAGAGAUCUUCGAAUGGACAUUUUCCUUUGUUAUUGACACCAAACCCACUGCAUCCUUCUCCAUCAGUCAAGGGUAUGUAAGGGAGGCUCGGAGCACCUCUAUCAUGCUUUGGCUUGGUACAGCUCUUUGGUGGCCACCACUGGUAGCAGUAUAGGCCCAUGUCAGUGUACUCCUCUCCACAGAAAUGGCUGCAAUGUCCCCAACAAACGCUGCCAAGUCCGGUAUAGUGCUCUUCGCAUUCAGGAUAGCAGAGACCAGCUUCAUAUUCCCAAUCUGAAGGGCAUCCAUCCCCUGCACAUGCGUUUGGUCCUAUGCGUAUUGGGAAAGUUUCAUUAGCAAGAAGUGAACAUUUCUUAUAGCAAUGAUCAGCAAACAGCUCCUCGUCAUCAGCACAUCCAAAAGUAUAUCUAAAAAUUGUUGUUCCACAUGCAGCUGUAACUACAAAUGGAAUGAAACAGUACAAACUCUAGUUGCAAAAGUCUUACUAUCAACACAGCCUAACUUAUUUCCCUUAUAGUAGACACAAAUUUUUUCUCCUUCAAUUUUGACUUCUAUAUCUUUUGUACCACCUUUAAAUUGUAAGGAUGGAUUUUUAAUUCAAUAGAAACAAGAAUACCUUCUUGUAAAAGUGAUGUCCCUUCUUCUGGUGGUGAAGCCUCAUUAUUCAUGUUUGUUACUUUGUUCCUGUUGCUAAGGUCACAUGAAUAAUGUACAAUAGUAUACACACAAUACAUUAUACCUGUAAUGAUCACUGUGGUAAGACUUUGUGCCUAUCAUAGAAAUAACAUACAAUGAACAUACAUUAACACAUACAGCUAUUGACAUACUUGGCAAAGCCAGAGCACAAACACUGAGAGUCAUAAAGAAGAAUACAAGAGUCUUCAUCGUGAUUUUCCCUUACUUGUAACUUGUUCACUGCAUCAAAAAGCACCUCUUUAUAUAGCCUGCUGAACAUGAGGCAUGCAUCAUGCAGCUCUUGUUACAAGCACGUGUCAAAAAUGCCUUACACACGUGUGCCUGGUCUUAUUUACAACUAAGUACACCUAAUAGUACAUAAUAGUAAGCUACCCAAAAUAUUGGUAUUAGACAUUGUGGCUCUCGUGAAACAUGUUUGCCCUGGGUCCAUACUAUUAUUUACAACUUCUAGUGCAUCACAAUGCCCCAUUGUACUUUUCUUUCCUCAUUCAUUGAAUCAAUCAUCAACUUGCAAAGCAUGGAUUAUACGUAAUGUAAUGCAUAAUUUCAUUCAUUAAAGUUUUUAUGUAUGACAACAAGAAGCAUAACUAUAAUAUUCCUAUAUGCUUCUUAAUGCACUUAUUAUAUUAGAUCAGUUCAUUGCUUGUUGCAUUCAAGAUUACCAGAGAUGUCAAUCUUUGCACAUCCUCCUUGAUUAUUUUUACCAAACCCAUUCCAUCCCAAUCCAUUGGUCCAGAG